CGAACGUUGCCUCCCACUUGCUUGCGCCAGAAACUGCCUCUCACCUACUCGACUUUGACAUCUUUCUCACUUUUUUGUCUUCGACUUUCGCGGUCUACUUGAUAUAUACGUUGGAAAUAUCCAUUUUCCAUAACCAACCCCACAAAAAAGAAAGCGAAACCAGAAGAAGCGUCCCACCCCCGCCUUAAUCAAAAUGGUUCGCAAGGAUCCAAUCUUCGAAGCCCGGACUAAUGUCAAGUUACAUUCCAACAGGCUCAAAAAAGAGGCUUCUCGCGCAGAGUCCACCUUCAAAUCCGAGAAAGCCAAGGCCGACAAGGCCAUGAAAAACCGCGAAUUCCAAAUCGCCCGCAUCCAUGCCUCGUCCGCUGUGCGCGAAAAACGCCGACAGGUUACCCUGAGAGCGGAAGCCGCUCGGGCUGAUGUGAUAAUCAACGAGCUCAAGGCGGCGCAGAGCACUCGCGACACUUCUCGGACGCUGGCGCUGGCGUCCCGGGGUCUGGACGCCGCAUCGAAGAGUGUCAACCUUGAGCAUCUGGUCUCUCACGCGAACAACUUCCUUGCACGCUCGGAAGAUUUCAAGAUCGCUAGUAGUGCUAUUGAGGAUGUCGCCUCGGGGAUCUCGAUGCAGGAAUACGGUGCGGAGGGAGAGACUGAUGUUGACCGUUUAAUGGAGCAACUUGCUGAUGACGCCGGCGUCGAUAUGCGAAUGGCUUUGGAAACAAACCCGGCUCCGAAGGAAGAUGUCAAAGAUCAGAAGCAGACCGACACGGAACUCGAAGAUGGGCUGGGGGCCAGGCUACGUGCUCUUCGCGCGGCGAAUUAAACCAGCACCGGGCUUUCUCGAUCCUUUUCGUCUGGUAGGAUUGUGGAAGGUGGUGUCUUGACAGCUGCACAUCUAUCCCUUUCGUGCUUUAAGAUUUGAACUGUCAACCCCCAUGCAGUCCCGUUUUCACUUUUCUUCCCUAUGGAUAUUAAUGAAGUUACGCCCUUUUUAUGGUAAUAACACGAGC